UUUCUCUCGGCCAUUCCUCGUCCAAUCUGUAUUUCCAUCACCACGUUGUUUCUCCCUUCUUUUUCGUCUGUUUUCUUGCUGAAGAGGGUUUCUGCUGUGGUAGCUGGUUAUUCCGCUAUUACCAUUGUACCUAGAAAAUUUUGCUUGCCCUCGAGCCUGGAUACUUUUCUCAGGCGCAAUGCUCACGCGAGCUGCGCUUCGGCGAAGGCAUACACUUCGUUAUCUUCAACAGGCAGCAGAAACUAUCCAAUUACCAUGGCUGUGCCCUGCUCUCGCACAUCCACCGUCCCUCGAACCUCAAAAGAGACAUAGCUCGUCGCGGCCAUCAAUUACCCGCUCGAAAACGUCGCCUGCGCCCCGGACCCAAGCAAGACAUCUUGCCUCUCCCGCAGCUGCCCCCGAGGACUUCGAUCGUAGCGACGACUACAUCCCGUUUGUCUAUGGAGACUAUCCCCUCCAUCAACGAUCGGGACCUGGCAAAGGGGAACUCACUCCUUUCGACCUGUCCCAGAUUCUCAUGCUUGAGAAUGCCGCCGACUUAUCGCAAGAUCCCGAAGACGCCAGUUACCAUCCAGGUGUGAACGUUCGGCGGAAUGUCGCUGAAGUUGAAGCUACAUUGGAUGCUUGUUUACAUGUUCAUCGAUGGGAUCGAGCUUUCACCUUACUGUCUCAACUGGCAAAGUCCUACCAACACAAUCCCUCGAAAGUACAAGGCUCCUACAACAAAGUUUUUGCCGCUAUAGUGGAUGAUCUCCUUCAAAACAACAACAUCGGCCAUGCAAAGCGGAUCAAUGAAUGGAUCGAAGUCCAUCUGAGAAAAGCGGGUUUGGAUCCCGAUGCAUACACACUCGCCCUGAGGAUGAAAGUGGCACUGGAACUUGAUAACGGGAAUAAACGCACACGUACAAUCCUCCGAUACUGGGACAUGGCAAAUCAACUCGGUCUGGAGAGUCAGGUACUAGGCAUGCGCGAGAUAUUUGAAGAUAGACAGCUUGGAAAACUCUCUCAGAUCCUGCAGUUCUCUGAAACCAACCCUCUCGAGCCGCUGAUUGAUGCCUCUCAGUCGGCGCCAUUUCACGCAACCACGGAGACGGAACCAACGUCGACAGCUGAUGUCCAUGUGCGACAGAUGGAGCAGAAAGGCCUGGGUUUGACUUCACUUAGGAAAUCUCUUGCCAUAUUCUCGGGGCAGACAGAUAUGACGUUGGAAGCGUCGCCGGAGCAACAUCGGGAACGCUCCCUGAACAACGUAGAAAGGCAACAGCGGCUGGAAAGAGACGCCAUAGACUCCGCAAUGGUACGAUGGAAGGCCGAGUACGAGAAACGAGCCAAACGAGGCAUCACGGGCGAUCUGGCCCAUGGAAAAAUUGGCGCUCUACUCUGGCAAUGGCAUGAAAUACUGGCCGAGAAGAUUAAAAGGGAGAUUAUGAUGGCGAGGGAGGAAGAAGCGAAUCCAGGAAAGAAGUCAGCGCAAGAGAAAAUAAGAUCCGAAUACUCACCAUUCCUCGAGCUGUUACCACCUGAAAAGCUCGCCGCAGUUACCACGAUUGCACUCAUGCAGAUGAUGAGCAAGAUGGGGGCUUCCAAGCCUGUCAAGCUUGUACGACUGGUCAGCGAACUGGGCCAAGCGGUUGAAACAGAAUAUGACGCAACACAGCUGGCUGGGAGAAAGGCUGAAGCCAAGAGGAUGAAAAGGAGACUCAGAGACCUGGUAGAUCCUCCCCCUUAUCAGGAGAUCGCGGUGUGGAACGAGCGAGCAGACCACCGACUACACAAGCGGUCGUCGCACCACGCUGCUACUCCUUUAAAGUACCAACCGACUUGGUCCAGGACCAUCCACGUGAAGCUGGGGUCAAUCCUUUGUGAGCUUAUGUUCGACACGGCAAAGAUCAUGAUUACGCGACAGGACGAAGCCACUUCCAGAGAGAUAACUAUUCCCCAGCCAGUCUUCAUCCACGGUACCAGCUAUCAGCAUGGCCGCAGAGUGGGUGUGGUAUCUCUGCAUGAAGAUUUCGUGAAAAUCCUGGUUUCGGAGCCCGCCGAGCAUUUUAUCGCCAAACAAUUGCCCAUGCUCUGUCCGCCGAAGCCAUGGACUAGCUUCGAGGAGGGCGGCUAUCUGGAAUCAAAGCAACCGUUUCUGCGGGUGAAACACAGUGAACAUGCUCAGAAGGACUAUGGCGUGGCUGCUGCCGAACGUGGAGAUCUCGAUCAGCUCUUCGCUGGCGUGGAUAUCCUGGGCAGAACAGGAUGGCGUAUCAACCGACAGGUCUUCAACGUCAUGCUGGAGGCGUGGAACAGCGGAGAAGAGAUUGCCAAUCUACCGCCGCUCAACAAGGUAUUCCCCGAGGUAGAGCGACCUGGCGAGAAUGCGACUCCCAAGGAGCGUUGGGACUGGUUUGUCAAGAUGCGCUCAGUGGACAACGAGAAGAAUGGCAUUCAUUCGAAUCGCUGUUUCCAGAACUUUCAGAUGGAAAUCGCCAAAGCAUACCUGGAUGAGACAUUCUAUCUCCCACACAAUGUUGACUUCCGUGGUCGAGCAUACCCUAUUCCUCCCUACCUUAAUCAAAUGGGUGCGGACAAUGCACGUGGUGUACUGCUUUUUGACAGGGGUCGUGAGCUUGGGAAGGAGGGUCUACGCUGGUUAAAGAUACAUCUAUCCAACGUCUAUGGCUUCGAUAAGGCGAGUCUCGCGGAACGUGCUCAAUUCCCAAUGGACCACAUCGACGACAUCUAUGACUCGGUCAAGAACCCCCUGGACGGUAGACGCUGGUGGCUCACGGCCGAAGAUCCUUGGCAGUGUCUGGCGACUUGUUUCGAGCUUACCAAUGCCCUAGACUCUCCCGAUCCGACAAAGUUUGUGUCGCGGCUUCCCAUCCAUCAAGACGGCUCCUGCAACGGUCUCCAACAUUAUGCUGCGCUAGGUGGUGACAUUGCAGGCGCUCGGCAGGUCAAUUUGGAACCAGGCGACAAGCCGGCCGACGUGUACAGCGGAGUUUGCGAGCUGGUCAAGGCCGAAAUCAAGGAAGAUGCCGCCAAUGGUCAUUCGCUGGCCCAAAUACUUGAUGGCAGGGUGACGAGGAAAGUUGUCAAACAGACCGUCAUGACCAACGUCUAUGGUGUAACCUUCAUGGGUGCCAUCCGCCAAGUCCGGAAACAAGUUGAUGAUCUGAUGCCGGAGGUCAAAGCAGCCCAGCUUUCCGGCAAGGCCUCGACUUACAUUGCCAAAAAGAUUUUCAAAGGCUUAGGCGCGUUGUUUACUGGAGCUCAUGAGAUCCAGUACUGGCUCGGCGACUGUGCAAACCGGAUCAGCUCAUCGAUAUCUCCUGCUCAGCAGGAAAACAUGUACCGACGGGCAUACACAGCGUCUCAUGAAAAGAAACCAGAACAGAAGAGGGCCAUCAUGCCGGAGUCCAGCAAUUUCAGGACGACCGUCAUUUGGACAACGCCUUUGAAAUUACCUGUCGUCCAGCCAUAUCGCAUCAACAAAGGCCAGAAGAUUCAGACGAAUCUGCAAAAUAUCACCUUGGCGCAACCGAGCGUGGCGGAUUCUGUGAACAGGCGAAAGCAACUUCAGGCCUUCCCUCCGAACUUUAUCCAUUCUCUCGACGCCACACACAUGAUUCUUUCUGCCAUCAAAGCUGAUGAGCUCGGAUUGAGUUUUUCAGCGGUUCACGACAGUUUUUGGACGCACGCGGCCGAUGUCAGUACUCUCAAUUCCUUGCUACGGGAUGCUUUUAUUCGGAUGCAUAGCGAAGACAUCAUCGGUCGACUCGCCGCAGAGUUCCAAAAGCGGUACGAGGGCCACUAUUAUCUCGCAUACACUAAGAGGCACAGCCCUCUCGGCAAGGCUCUUUCCGCAUACCGCAGCGAGAUGGUUGAAAAGGGCAUCUUCACGUCAGUCCGUGGGUCCAAAGGGAUAGCUGAGCGGAAGGAGCAAGAAUUGUUGCGAGAGAUUCGCAGGAACCAAUUACUCGCAAGCGAAGAUCCGAAGGAGAGGGAAGAAGGCGAGAAGAUGGUGACGGCUGCGACUUUGUUCGACAAACUCGAGGGAGAACAGUUUCUUUACCACCGUGAUACCUUGGGCGAGACGGUCAUUGGAGCUGUUCCAAAGGAGGUCAAAGAGGCGACAGUGCAAGAGGCCAUCCACGCAGCUGAAGUUGCUGACGAUGUCGACAUGGCCAGUACUUUGGACCCCCUAAGGGAUUCGGUGACCAAUGAAGACGAUGUCGUUCAUCGGGAGGGAAGUGGUGUCGUUGUCGAUGUUGCAAAGUCCUCCCCGACUCCGCCGGCAGAUAAUGUCGUGCGGAACGCCUUUGGUCAGAAGAUUCGAAAGUCUUACCCCAAAAACGGUGUGUCAGGACCCAACCAGAUUUGGCUGUGGUUGCCGAUCAAGUUCAGGCCUGUUCCUAAGAAGGGAGAUUUCGACGUCAAUCGGUUGAGGGAGAGUACAUAUUUCUUUUCGUGAUUGUAUACUUUUACAGGCUGGUUUGGUGUGGUACAGGUGCAAUCAGGGAUCUGGUGCAGUGGUCUUUCAGAGAGGGUGAAAAGGUAGUAUCAUGUCACGGUAUAGAAGACGGGACGAUCUUGAGUAUUACGUGCGUGAACAGGAGUGUGUAUUAUGUAUGCCAUAGAUCAGGAUGGGGUGGUGAUUGUGUACAAAUGCGUGCUAUGCAGGAGGUGCAUCAGCACAGCUAGACGGGCCAUUGUAGAUUUAUGGUGAUGCCGCUGAAGGAUAGAUGCUUGUCUUUGUGUAGUGGAAGAGAAGUCAUACCAUUUUUGGGCUUGUACGGUGUUAUUCAAUUGCCAAUAUCAAAGUUA